AUGAGGGAUUUUGUAACAGGAACCACGGUUGUUUCGUUCAGGUACAGGGAUGGUAUCAUAAUGGGAGCAGACACGAGAGGAUCUUACGGGCGGCUUGCAAAGCUUAGCGGAGUUCAGAGGAUAUUCAAGGUCGGGGACCAGACACUUCUGGGAAUGUCUGGGGAGAUAAGCGACAUGCAGUACUUGGUCAAAACACUAACCAUACUGACUCAAGAAGACAAUAGAAGAAUAGAUCCAAAAGGCUACCACAAGAUGAUCCAGAGGAUACUUUAUUCUGCCCGGAGUAAGAUCAGUCCCCUGAAUCUGAGUGUUUGUGUGGGGGGAUUAAAUGCAGCAUCUGAUGGCGACAGAAGAACCCAUACUAGGGAGAAGAUGCUCGGAUGUGUCAACCACCUAGGGAACUUCUACUUUUCGGAUGUGGUAUGCACGGGAAUAGGGGGCUAUCUCGUUCUUCCAUUUCUUAGGAAUAGGGUGGAGGGAAGAGAGGAGGAAAUAGCAAGAGAGGAGGCCAUAGGUCUUGUUGAAGAGGCGAUGAGGAUCUUGUGCUAUAGGGACUGUAAUGCAUCGAAUGAAAUACAGGUCGGAUAUGUUGAUGAUCAGGGAGUUCACAUAUCAGAUCCAUAUCAGAUCAAGACCAACUGGGAUGUUGGGCUAAGAGAGGAUGAAAUUGUUAUUGAAUAA